AUGCCAACAAGCAUCAACAACCUCCCUUAUGAACUAUUUUCGGCCAUUCUCGAAGAGACCGCAGAACUCAACAUUCAAGGAAAUCCUCAAUACACAUACGGUUUAAGCCAGGCACCCGAACCUCUACAAGAUGUACGAAUGCAACGCGUAGUCAGAGGCCAGGUGUCCCCAGACACACGGAAGUGGAAUGCCGUCGAUGCUAUUCGACAAGUCAAUCAACAAUGCCACCAAUGGGCUUCGGAGUAUGCCCUUAGGAGCCUUUUCAUUACGCGUUGGCGAGGUAGCGAAAGAUGGAUGCAGUCUCGGACACUCCACACCGUACAAACAAAUCUUUCAAGCAUUGCCGUCUACCGUGACCCCUACCACUCCUUGAGGAAGACGCUUCAACUUUUCGAGAGCAGUUCGGCACUGGCAUGUUGCGUGCGUAGGAUUUCCUUCGUUGGGUACUACGGUGCAGAAACGAAUGCCAUGAUUUUCGGAAUACUCCGCCGUUGCACCAAAUUGGAAUAUGUAACGCUUCCAUGGACUGCGUUGAGAUACGGGAGUACGGAAGACUGGUCACGGCUACUCGGCCGAAAUGAGAACUUCCAUAGUAUCUCAUCGUUGGAGCUCCUCGCUGUUGAUCUCAAGCAGUCACAGAUAGACAACGCUAAAAACCAAAUUGACAAUAAGCCACUGAGUUCUCCUAGAGUCGACUUCAGUGCGCUCAAGCGAUUGAAAAUAUUCGGACAAUCGAACUUCAUGCCGCUGACCGAUGACGACCUGAUCGCCAUUUCCCACACUGCGGUCAACCUACGAGAGUUGCAUAUUACGGGUACCGCCUCAGUCACGAUCGACGGCAUCGGGGCUAUCGCCAACUCCUCGGAUGAAACGUUGGAAAUACUAGAGCACUCACCACUGACGGCUGAUGGCUUCGAGCAUCCGGAUCCGACUUCUUUGCGUGGUCAAAAGCAGCACCUCUGCCCAAAGAUCCUCGAAUGCCCUCGCUUAAGGAACCUAUCACUUUCCCUGCCUUCGAUCUGCGAGCACCUCUUCGCUGAUACCUCCGUCAACUGGAGCGGCGAAAUGCAAAUUCGGACCAGCACUGUGUGUGGUCGUCAUCCGAUAUCGCUGAAAACCUCAAAAAAGUCACAAACCAUAUUUUGGCGCAUUCUCGAACAGGCUCGCUCUCUUAUGAGCCUGCGUGAAAAAGAGGGCGUAGAAUUGGACGUUGAAAUCUUCAUCAACAACUGGAUCUUCGAGCCUCGUUGCUAUCGCGUACAUGGUGAUCUGAACGUCGCUGAGGUCGUUUCUGAUGGGAGUUGGCCACAAGACGCAAUUUGGUCGAGCAAAGGCCCGUACGGGCGAACUGGGCUUUAUGGGAAAGAUGAAGGACCGUAUCAAGUCGUUUCGGAAGAUGUUUUCAAGCAAGGACUGAGCAAGCACUACGUCUCUUUCUAG